AUGGAACGCAGUUUAACACAAAUGUCCAAUACAAUCUUAGUGAUAUUAAUCAAAUGUCAUAAUAUUUUAUCAAAUCGGAAAUAUUUCUUAAAUGUUCCGCAUUAUGCAUUGUUAUAUAAUCGCAACCAAUUAAUGGCUUUAUUCACUUUCAUUUUCACUUUCACUUUCUCUAUUUUUGUAUUUAUUUUAGCUCGGAAUCCCUGUAUAUAUACGUUUGUGUUACUACUCUUUAUAUUUUAUCCUUUGUCCAUUCUGUGUUUCCUUCUUCUUCUUCUUCUUCUUCUUCCACAUCGACAAAAUACAAAUAUCCCACCACAUAUUUCAAUCCCACCACAGUCAUCAGAUUCAUUUCUUUUUUUUUUUUUUUGCUCCCUCCCACUCUUUUAA